AUGGGCCGCGCAAAGAAGUCCGAAGAGAAGCCCAAGGAGUCCAAGGAUGGACCAACUCUGCAGAUUGAUGUUGAUCACUUCGUGCGCACCAGAGACUCGGUCGUCAGCGGUCUCGCGACUCUUCAAGAUGCGAUCCAAACCCUCUCCUCCGCCUACAUCAAGCACACCAAUACCGUCCUGGUCGGGCACGGCGCCGGUCUCGACGUGGAUACUACCCUGGCCAAGCUCGUCGAAAAUCCCCUCCUGAAAGAUAUGGAGGAGAGUGCGGAUCGCGCCGCCAGCCCGGCCAAGUCGGUCGUCGUCGCUGCCGAGCCCGAGAAGAAGGAGCGCAAGAAGAGACUGCACGACCCCAAUGCGCCGAAACGCCCGCUCACCCCCUUCUUCCUCUACAUGAAGACCGCCCGUCCGAUCAUCGCCAGUGACCUUGGACCAGAUGCUGCCAAAGGCGCCGUCAGCACCGAGGGGACCAAACGGUGGUCUGUGAUGGAUGCUCAUCAGAAAUAUCUCUGGGGCAAUGUCUACAAAGACAACCUCCGCCUCUACAAUGCUCGAAUGCACGCGUACAAGCAGGGUGGCAAUGUAGCCGCCAAAGACAUGACCGACGCUGAAGCUCUUGCCUACGCCGAGGAGCACAACAUCGGCAUCAACCCCUCCGACGUGCCGAGCCUCGAUCCGGCCGCAGCUGUUCCAGAGGAAGACGCCGAAGCCGAAGCCGAAGCCGAAGCCGAAGCCGAAGCAGAAACCGGUGCCGAUGCCGAUGCCGACGACGAGCCUGAGAAAGAGCCCACUCCUCCCCCCAAGACCCCCAAGGCGAAGAACACCCGCAGAAGCAAGGGCGGCAAGAACAGUACCCCCGCUGCCGCUGCCGCUGCCGCUGCCGCGUCCCCCGAGGCGAUCAUGCCCCCGCCCAGCGCCAGCAGCAUCGCGCCGCCCAAGCCCGCCGAGAAGGAGAAGAGCCCGGAGAAGAAGCGCAAGCGGGGCAGCAAGAAGGAAGAGGAGAAGGUGGUGGUCGAGGAACCGGCAGCCGAGACGCCGAAGAGCGCGCCGAAGCCGCGGAAGAAGAAGACCAGGUCUGAUUCGUAA